UACAGAGGUAUGCAGUCACACCCAUCCAUCAUAAGUUCAUUUCUAAGGCUUUUUUAAAACCAUCAAGAGAGGAAAAAGGAAGAGAGUGUGAAAGAGUCCGAAACUCGAUGCGAUUUCUUAAAUCUCAAAAAAAACUGAAACGAAAGGAAUAAAGAAAAAGACAGAAAAGGAGGACAAACUGAAAUUCUAUACAGUAUAUGAGUCUAAAGAUCGCUGAAGAGGAGCAGCAGCGAAGUUGAUGUCCAUCCACACCAUGUCCAUUCCUGUGGACUUCCUGUCUGAGGAGCAGUUCUCCUGCUCCAUUUGCCUGGAGGUCUUCACCAACCCUGUAUCCACACCAUGUGGCCACAGCUUCUGCCUGUCCUGCAUCACGUCGUACUGGGACAGCCGGGGCAAGGCCUGCAUCUGUCCGCUGUGCAAGGAGAGCUUCCGCAAGCGUCCAGAGCUCCACAUCAAUCACACGCUCAAGGAGAUCACAGAGCAGUUCAAGCGCAUGGCUGAGACCUCUGGAAGCCAUGGGCUCUCCACCAGUCCCCAAGCUGGAAGCUCUCAGUCUCCUCGCAUCAUGGAGAGAAAGAUCACUGGGUCAUCUCGGCCUGGAGAGCUGCCUGGAGGACUACUGAUGGAAAUGAAGAGCAGGUUCCAAAGGACAUCAUCCAGUGGGAAUUUGUUGGAAGCAUCAUUGCCAUCUACGCCACCGCCUCCAUAUGAAGCCGCAAGGAGGAGGUUCAGCGCCAGCGGGUUCGGUCCAGGCAGCUCAACUGGACCACAGUGUAGCAAGCAUCAGCGUAGCCUGGAUAUGUUCUGCAGGAAUGACCAGACGUGUGUGUGUUCGACGUGUGCUGAGGAUGACCAUCAUGGCCACUUGGUGGUGCCGGCCCGGCGGGAGAUGGCCGCUAAGAAGUCCCAGUUGGGGAUCAUGGAGGCAGAGGUGCAGAAUUUAAUCACGGCCAGAGAGAAGAAGAUUGAGGAAAUUCAAAUGUCACUUGCCAACAUUCAAGCCAACGCACAGCAGGAGGUGGAGAUUACGCUGAGCUUGUUCCGUGCCUUGGUCAGUUCCUUGGAGAGGUCUCAGGCCGAGGUGUUGGAGAUAGUGGAGAUGGGCCGCGCUGCUGCAGAACUUCGCUCACAGGGCCUCAUCCGGGACCUUCAGCUGGAGAUCUCCGAACUGAGUAAGAGGAGCAGCACACUGUCUGAGCUCUCUCAGUCCAACGACCACUUCAGCUUCUUCAAGACGUAUCCAUCCCUCUCUUCUGGUCCUCCGAUGAAGAACUGGACAGAAGUGACUUUGACCCCUGACCCCACGGCCGGAGUGGUCCUUAAAAACGUCACUCAUAUGGUGGAGAAAAUCCAGGACGAGUUGAAGAAGCUGCCUCAGAGCUGUUUACAUUCAGUGAUUGAAUCACCUGUAAAACAACAACCACGACUUUGGAAAAUACAAGACUAUGCAUUGGACAUUACUCUGGAUCGAGACUCCGCCCACCCUAGACUGAUGAUCUCCGAGGACUGUAAGCAGGUGUACUGCAGUGACAACUAUCACACCGUGACGGACACGCCCGAGCGCUUCGACCGCAUGGUCUGUGUGCUCGGCUGCCAGGGCUUCAGCUCAGGUCGCCAUUACUGGGAGGUCCACGUGGGUGAGAAGACAGACUGGGACCUGGGCGUGGUCAAUCGCUCCGUCAACCGCAAGGGGAAGAUCUCGGUCAGUCCGGCAAACGGCUACUGGCUCCUGAGUCUGCGAGAUAAGCACGAAUACGCCUUCCGUGCCAAUCCGCUGAUGCCCAUUUACCUGAACCCCAAACCUCAGAAGGUCGGCAUUCACGUUGACUAUGAAAAAGGACGAGUGUCUUUUUAUAACGCUGACACCAUGGCACUUAUUUUCACUAAUGUCUACUUCUUUACUGAAACCUUAUAUCCGUGCUUCAGUCCCUGCACUAACAGAUCCGGCCAAAACGAGGCUCCUCUUGUCAUUUGUCCCAUCAGUCCAUCUGAGUGAAAAUCGCUGAUCGACACAUUUUAAUCUCUUAGAAUUUGCAAAUAUGGUACUCGUUGAUAUUGACAGUGCUACCGCAAUGAGUUGUGAGUUGAUUUUAAAUGAAGCGUAUUAGCUAGCUAUAUUAGUUAGCUUGGAUGGAGUAAGGCUGCAGUGGAGAAGAGCGGGUUUGGUUUCACUUCGGAAAGCGUUUCUGUACAGCUGUGUGUAAAGUGCGUUUUUAUUGUAGUCACUGCAUCAGAAUCUUUCGCUGUUAAUGACCGAUAGUGGCUGAUCAUCAAGAACAACCUGCUAGCUAAGAGCAGGUGUUUUCACUCACCUUGUUUUGUCUGUAGAUAUUUUUCUCGCUUAGCCGGCGUGUGCUGCUGGCGAUCAUCUCCUCAUGCUGAGUUUUAUGUUAAAGAUGUUAUGGCAUUGAAUUGCAUGGAUUGCAUGGAUUGCAUGGAGAGGAAAGGAAAUGGGUGUGUCUCUGUGCUCAGUGCUCAGUGCUCGCAGAACUGAAGUGCUCGCUCAGGUGUGACAUGCUCACAACUACCUUUGUGUCUAUGCAAUUCAUGUCACCUUGCACUUAUUUUUAAUACUUACUGAUACUGCUCUGUGUGUGUUCAGGUCAGCUGUCCUCGUGCACCGUUUAAACACGAUAACGAUGUUUUAUUAGGUGACUUUUAUUGUAGGAAGUUGCUGCAGUACGUCCUCUCAAAUUCGCUCAGAUCGCUGUUAUUUCCUGUCAUCUGGUCACAUAGUAUCACUGAUGUUAGGUAUCGGAGCAAACACUCAAACAUAUCGCGAUAUCGGACCGAUACCUGUAUCAGUGUCAGUAUUGAUGCACACCUAAUCUCUCUGUAUUUUAUUUUUUUGUAAAUUAUUUGGAAUUUUGGAAAUUGAUUUUUGUUACAGGAGACCUCUCUGUGUGUGUGUGUGUGUGUGUGUGUGUGUCUUGUUCAAAUAACAUAUUUUAUUGUAAUAUUAGAAAUCUGUUAGAAACUUCACUAUCUCUACCAUCUGUUUUAUCUCAGUUUUGUUCCUUGGAAUUAUUAGAAAAUAUAAAAUGUAUUCCUGGUCACAAUCCUGACUGUACUGAGAGCAUAAUGUGAAUAAAAAUGUUUUUUUUUGUCCUUU